GGGACCAUGACGCCAUCUCCCUCGUCGGCAAGAAGUGGUACCGGAUCGACACCAUCACCCACAAGCACAUCACCAUCGCCUUCUGCUACUCGGCUAGCCCCGAUCGCCUUCGCCAGCGGUUCCCUCGCCUGGAGUCGCUCAAGCUCAAGGGCAAGCCUAGGGCUUCAAUGUUUAACAACAUCAUUCCCGAGGACUGGGGAGGCUAUGCCGCCCCGUGGGCCACCGAGAUCACGGACUCAUUGUGCCUGAAGGCGAUCCAUUUCCGGAGGAUGGUUGUCAAGGAUGACGACAUUGGUGUUCUGGUUUGAGGCCGAGGGCACAUGCUUCAUUCCCUGAAGCUCGACAAUCCAUCAACCCAAUGCCUCAGCCUCGAUUCCGAUCUACAGAUGUCCCGAUCGCUUCUCAUUGUCUCUUGGAUCGAUUCGGAGAAAUCUAAAGGGGUUUCGGUUAGGGUUCCGAUUCCUAGGGUUUUGAUCGAUCCUGGUUCGGGUUCUGAGGUAAGGGUUAGGGAUGAUUGUAUUGAGAUUAAGAUGCAGCUGGUUCUUCCGGUGGAUCAUCCGGUUGCGUUGAGUAUGAGAGGGGUGCUUGGCGGUGAUGUGGAUUUGGAGAGGGUUCGCCCACUGGAGCUGGAUUCUGGUUGAAAAUGAAUUGCCUGAAAAAAUUGAAAGGCUUGUGAGAUGUGAAGCCUCUGCAUAUCAGAAACUUCUAAUGAAGAGGGUGGAAGAGAAUCUUGGGUCAAUUAGAAAUACAAAGGGUCGUUCUAUGCACAACACAGUGGUGGAGUUGCGUAAUAUAUGCAAUCAUCUGUAUCUCAGUCAACUUCAAGCUGAAAUGGUUGAUGGUCUGUUACCAAGACAUUAUCUGCCUUCCCUUGUGAGACUCUGUGGAAAGCUAGAAAUGCUGGACCAUUUAUUACCCAAGCUCAAAGCAACUGAUCAUCGGGUAUCUUAGAGUUUGAACAUGAUAAUUUAGUUAAUGUAGGAAAUGAACAUGAUAAUGUGCAUAAUGCGCAUUUAAUAUUCCCACUUUUGCUAUUCUAUUUGAUCCUACAGC